CGUAAACUAAUGCAAUAUUAUGUUGGAUUCUAAUAUUGAAUUGUAUGGACCAUAUUCCAGACCUCUGCUAAAUUGUGGGGGAGGAGGAACUUGUGGGACAUGCAUUGUAGAGGUCGUUGAAGGGAAGGAGCUACUAAACCCUCGAACAGACAAAGAGAAGGAAAAACUUAAAAGGAAUCCAAAAAAUUGGAGGCUUGCUUGUCAGACUACGGUUGGAAAACCAGAUUCGAGAGGCUUGGUUUGUAGUCCAUCGUCUUCCAUUUUUAAUGAAUUAUUUGAUUUUAAAACUUUAGUCUAAAGUGUAUCUUAUUUAUUUUCUAAGCAAAAAAGAUUUUCAAAAUUUCACUGGAUAUUAUUAUAAUUAUUUUUAUUUUAUUUUAAAUAUAAUUAUUGUUUUUGUUUUGCAAGUUGUAAUCCAACAACUGCCUGAAUGGAAAGGGCAUGAAUGGAAUUAUAAUAAAGAACCUCCUUCAGAAUC